AUGGACAUGCCAGGAGAUUCUUUUACACAGUUCCGAUUUGCUGAUGAGAAAGAAUGGGAUAGAGAAAGCAUAUGCCAUAAACAGGUAUCCGCACUUUCCGUUGACGGUCAGUCUUUGGCCCAGGCCCUUCAGGAAUUGCCUCUACAUCUGAGGUUGAAUGUAGCUGCUGAACUUGUGCAGGCAUCAACACCUUUAGAGCUCCCACAGAUGAAAUCUAAAAUUAUUGAAGACAGCAAGAGGAGAGAGCUUCUGUUCCGACAGUCUCUGGCUCAGAGUGAAACAGUGUUGGUCUCCCAUCCUGUUGGUGAUUCUAUUGCUCCAUCAGAGCCCGGAAGUAAAAAUGGUCCUAGGGCAAGUGCAGCAUCACCACUUCAAAGGGUCCAUCCACUCUCAAAUGAAGAGACUGACCAUUUGGAUGAAGAACUAGAUCUUCUCCUAAAGCUAGAUGCUCCUAUCAAUACAGAAAACAGACCUGUGUCAGCUGCAUUAUCCUACAGCGUAUCAACUGAAAAAGAUUUGAAAAUGGAACAUAAGGAAAAUGACCCUUUAAAAGUAGAUAUGCCUGAAGAGAAGAUUACAGCAUCACAGCAACAGCAAAGUACAUCUAAAAAUGUUACUGAGGAAGAGCUUGAAGACUGGCUGGACAGAAUGAUUUCCUGA